ACUAUGGAUUUGUACAAUUCUGGGAUGGUGCUGUCCCUUUUUAGUACAGAAAAGUAUGUCUGGAGUUAAGUAGCUGGUGGUUGUUGAUGAUUUGGUUCUUGUUUUCCCUUUUCGUUUGUUUGCGCUUAAAAAUAACUGGCAAGAGGUAGAACAGGUAUCGGAGGACAACCGUAAUGUCUAAUUCACCCACUGAUAUCCCUGUUGUAAAUGGAGAACAUAAUCACUUGGAAAAUCCUGGGGCAUCAGAUUUGUCUGAAAAACUGAGUGAGCCUUUCAUGUGUGUUGAAGGACUAGUAAAUCCGGCAGAACUGCUGAAACAAAUCCAAGAGCUCAUUAAUGAGAACGGUGAACUGAAAGAAGUUAUGAAGAAGACUAACCAUGCUAUGAGAGAUCGAUUUGAAGAGCUUUCUUUGUGGAGAGAGAAACAAAGGGAGGAACGUGACCUCUUGGAGCAGAAGUUUCAAGAGGCAAGGCAAAGUACAUUAUGUUUAACUACAGAAAAUGAAGUGCUGAAGAAAAAAGUAGAGGCAUUGUCACAACGUGCUUGCCAGGGCACACCUAUUGCUUAUCCAGGGAUUAAUACGGAAGUGGAUGACCAAGGUAUGGAUCAAUUAAAGGCAGCAAACAUUCGACUGCAAGCAGAGAAGGCUGAUCUUCUUGGCAUCAUUUCAGAACUUCAGUUGAGACUAGCAUCUUCAUCUGGUGAAGAUUCGUUUGUUGAGAUUCCAAUGAUUAUUGGGGAGGAGCCUGGAGUGCUACAAGUUGAUAAGGACUCUGCAGCAGAUCAGAUUGGUGCCAAUGGACCUAACUAUGAAGCUGCAGAAAAGGGGAGGAGAUCUGAAGACUUGACAGUUAGCCAGCUUCUCCAUCUCCUCCAGGAGCAGUCUCAAAAAGAGGAAAAACUUCAGCAGCAUCUAAGGGCUGCAAAUGAUAGAGUGUUACUUCUAGAAAAGAAAGCAAGUGAACUAUCUGAAAAGGGCUCUCAAACAGAAUGGGCUGAAGAAGACCAGGAAAAGAAGGCGGCUGCUAGUCAGGCUGCGCAAGAGAUUGAUAAAUUUAAGGCACAAGUAGCAGUUCUGCAGAAGGAAGUGCAGGACAUCCAAGUCCAACUGAAUGCUGCUGAACAAACGAAGAAGGUUCUGGAGCAGAAGUGUCAAACUCUUGAGGUAAAGGCCAGCGAGGCUCUAUCUCAGUUUGAAGAGAAACAGCAGCUUCAAUAUGCCAGUCAGAAGUUGGUUCUUCAAGUGGAGAGCAUGCAGUCAGAAAUCAAAAUGGAGCAAACAAAAACUGCUGUAGAAAAGAAAAAACUGGCAGAUCUUCAACUUGAAUAUAACCAGUUCCGUGAUGACAGCAACAAAACAAUACAAGAAUUAAAAAACAGGCAAGCUGAGUUGGAGGAGAAGUAUCAUACUACAGUCAGUGACCUUAGUAAAAAGCUAGAGCUGGCAGAGAAUGCUUUAGCUAAGAAGCAAGGCCAGAUUGAUGAAAUGUUGGACACCCUCAGCAAGAAUGAAGAGGAAAUGGAAGCAAUUCCCUUGAUGAAAACUCAGAUGGAGAUUUACUGUGCUGAUUUCCAUGCUGAAAGAGAAGCACGUCAGAAAAUUCAUGAAGAUAAGGAGAGAUUAGGAGUACAGCUUGAAUUUCUGGUGAAAGAAAACAGCAAGCUUAGAGAGGAUCUUGAUAAUCUUGGAAGGCAGUCUUUAGCACAUAUGCAACAAAGACACGGAGCUGCUGCUGGUGGUAACCAGGAUCAAGGCCCACGUGUUGCACACCGAGGCCCUGACAGUCGUGACUGGCAGCAUCAGGUGAAUAUUCCAGAACAUGCAUGCCCAAAAUGUGGCGAAAUUCUUCCCGACAUUGAUUCCCUGCAAAUUCAUGUCAUGGAUUGCAUAAUUUAAAGGAUGUACUGUUGUUGAAUAUAUAUAUAUAUAUAUAUAUAUAUAUAUAUAUAUAUACACGCUCCUGUACCUGUGGCUUAUGCUUCAUGUGGACAUAUCAGCUUACAUUUUUCAAAUAGCAUAAUCUCUUUGGGUUGUACUGAAAAUAAUGUAUCUAAAUUAUACUUAAACAACAGCUUUACUGUCUCAGAUUCAACCACAUGUAUCUUAAAACAGAAAACCUGUUGUCAUAUUUCUAUGUACAUAUUGAAUAUGAAUAUGAAGCACCUCAGCUUUUUGUGUGACUGCAUCUGUUUGUUGUUUCUCUGUUAUUAAGUUGUUGCUAAAUGGAAUAUUCACAUGGACUAUUUAAAAUGUUCCAGAAAUGAACCAGCCUUUUAGGAAGCAGAAUAAUUCAACUAAGGAAGCAGACUAAUUCAGCUUUUGUAACCAUUGUUUAUGAGCUGCUGAAGCCAAAAUAAGUGGCUUGUAAAUUGUGCAUAUAGUAAAGACAUUUUUCUUAACACUG